AAGGCAGGCGGUUGCUGGCUUUGUUACCCCCCACGGGGGACCCGAGCCGCACCUCAGUGCAGCCGGUGCUGUAGCAAUGGAAUGGGGUACAGCGAAGGCCUCUCCAGCGAGGCCGGGUGGAAACGGGACGCCAGGCGGGGCUCCCGGGGUGGGGCCGUGGUCAAGGGAGCGAGGGCUCGUCCUCUCCCAGAGGGACGGGCCGUGGCCCAUCCUGGAUGGCCGCCAGGGCCCUGCUGCCCCCUGCAGGAUGGCGGCGGAACUGCGCUGAGGGGCGCUCCCGGCGGAGGGGCGCGACUGGUGCGGACCCCGGUUCUCAGCGACCCCACCCGGCUGCUGGCCCUCGGCGCUCCUCUCCGUCAUUCGAGAAUAAUAAACGGGUGAAUCAGGUUAACGUGAAGGUUAAAAGCAGCCGCGAAGGAAAAAGAAAAAGAGAUUUUCACAAGACUCACUUGGUAUAGACUGUCUGAACGGUGCCCCUCCCGGGCCUCCAGCACCCUGGGGCGCUUUGCUGAGUUAAGACUCUCCUGCAGAUGGAGGAACUAGAACAAGGCCUGUUGAUGCAGCCGUGGGCGUGGCUACAGCUUGCCGAGGACUCCCUCUUGGCCAAGGCUUAUAUCACUAAGCAGGGCUAUGCCUUGCUGGUUUCAAAUCUUCACCACGUGUGGCAUGAACAGGUGGACACUAGUGUGGUCAGCCAGCGAGCCAAGGAGCUGAACAAGCGUCUGACUGCACCCCCCGCGGCUUUUCUCUGUCAUUUGGCUGAUCUGCUUCGCCCGUUGUUGAAGGACACUGCUUGCCCUGGCAAAGCCACCUUCUCCUGUGAUCACGUGGCAGAGGCGCUGAUACUGCGGGUGCGGAGUGAGCUGUCUGGUCUUCCUUUCUAUUGGAAUUUCCACUGCAUCCUAGCUAGCCCUUCCCUGGUCUCCCAGCAUUUGAUUCGUCCUCUGAUGGGCAUGAGUCUGGCGUUGCAGUGCCAAGCGAGAGAGCUGGCAACAUUGCUUCAUUUGAAAGAUCUAGAGAUCCAGGACUACCAGGAGAGUGGGGCUGCCCUGAGCCGAGAUCGGUUGAAGACAGAGCCAUUUGAAGAAAAUUCCUUCUUGGAACAAUUUAUGGUAGAGAAACUACCAGAGGCAUGCAGUGUUGGUGAUGGGAGACCCUUUGUCAUGAAUCUGCAGAGUCUGUAUUUGGCAGUCACCAGGCAAGAGGUCCAGGUGGGACAGAAGCAUCAAGGCACUGAAGAUCCUCAGACGUCAAGCAGCGCCUCCCCGCAAAGAACAGAUAUCCAACUUCUGAACCAGCCCGAAGAGCUGAUCUCCUCAGCACCAUCCCUCCCAGCGCCUGAGAAAGAGCCCACAGGUACUUCAGGCCCUGUGCAGAGACCUCAGCUGUCAAAGGUCAAGAGGAAGAAGCUAAGGGGGCUCUUCAGUUAACCUAUUGCUGUCUCAACUGCUGAGGAUGGACUUGGAGAAUGAUGUCACCUUGAAAGGAGCUCUGUGGCAGCAGUAUCUCUGACACAGUUAUAUAGUCAGAGGCCCCACUGAAAGAGCAAGACAACUGAGGUUCAUGUUGACAGGCACCUGGGUACCGUUAACCGAGGGAAUCUUGGCUCCAACCCAUUGGGCAUCGGCCUUCUCUAUCCAAGCGGAAGCCAGUCUCUGGGAAUCCCAUAUUCUCCUCUUUUUUGAUGGAGGUUCUCUAGACACAGGACCCUACCAUGGACUUUAGGAAUACAGGGCAAGUCAGCAAAAAGGCACAACAUGCUUAGGAAGCCUUGUCUACCUCUCUCAAGAGUCCCUAGCCAUCCCAGGGGCUCCUCAGAGACCCACCUCUUUCUUUAGCAUGGAAUAAAAACCACUCACAUUC